AUGGCCGGCGAACUUCAUCUCCAUCAAGAUGAAAUCUUGAACCCCGACUACAUCAGCGGAUUACCCGACCCCCUAAUCGGUCACAUCCCGUCUUUCAUGAGCACGGUUGAUGCCGUCAAGACCAGCGUUUUGUCCAAGCGGUGGCAUUCCGCUUGGACCUUCAACUCGUCCAUGGAUUUCUUUUCUGCGUCGGGCAGCAGCCAGCGGUAUUCCAAUUUUGUGGAUUUCGUGGACGGGGUUCUAUCAAUUGCGGAAGACGUGGAAGAUGUGCCGUUUUUGUUGCCAAAUUGCAAGUCCCUAACUCUGAAUGCGCGAAUGCAUUAUCGGGAUUUUCCUGGUAUAGCGAUCCUGCUGGCAAUCUCGCCUAAUUUGGAGGAGCUAUCGAUAAAUGCUGAUUAUGUUGACUACACUUGGGCCACGGUCAAGUGUGAUGAAGAGGAAUAUUGCUGUCAGAAGUUGUGUGUCGGUUUGGCUCAACAGCUAAAGACGGUUGAGAUUGUUGGGUUAGACACUGACUGUCUAGAGCUGAAAUGGGUGCUUUACUUGGUGAAGUAUUUGCUGGGUGAUGCACUCGCAUUGGAGAAGUGGGUCCUGAAAGCUAAACGACGGCAUGAAUCGAGAGAAAAGCUUGUUAAUCCUGGCAAAUUGCUUGAGUUCUACCAGCAACUCCUAUGCCUCCCAAGAGCUUCAACGAAUGCUGAACUGAUUUUACAAGGCGUUCAGCAUGACGAGCAGAAAGGCAAGUAG